ACUCACCCCUGCUCCUGCUUUGGAUGCUGUCUCUCAAUGGUGACCGUAGAGAGCUCUUUCACCCCCAUUUCCUUUCCCAAAAUUCUCAUUUACCUCUGGAAUUACCAUCUUCACUCUAUUGCACCGACUCCCUCCCGUGUUCCUUUUGCGCCAAAUAGUGUGUGAGAGAGAGAAGCUUAAAGGCUAGAAAGGACGUCUACGUGAAAGCCAGAGCAUGGUGUAGAAACGUCUAUGGUGGCGACAGCUGAUAAAGGUAUGCAUGUACAGGCCAUGACAAGUGUCUCUGGAGGAAAACCCAAUGCUUUUUAGGUACAUCCACCACAUCAAUUUGCUCUUAGUAUGGUUGUUGUAGAAGGAGGAGGAAGCGAAUCUUCUGCCUUUCUCUUUCUCUUCUUGUUUUUCCACUCAACUGUUUGUUUCUGAUCGGGUCACCCACAGACGCCACACGGCCCACACCCAUUAUCUUUUCCUUUCUCUCCACCACGUGGUCUUGCUUUUGUAACUGCUAUCUCAAGCCCCAUAACCUUAUUCUGCAACCCUACUUUCUUGUAAUCCUUAAUGGGUUGCUGGUGUUCUUGUUUAUCUUGGUGAAUAAAAAGUUGGCAUGGCUUCCGUUCUUCGGUUUCGUAAGCUAUGCUAUGUGGAGCCUGUGAGGUGUUCGUCAUUGGGUUUUCAAUCUUUUGAGACCCCCAAAGUUGAUAAGAAAGAAGAGAUUGUUGUUUCGAAAGUUGAGAAUGAAGUGUUGGAGAAGAAGAAGAACAAGAGGCAGAGUAAGGAAUGGAGGUCCAUAGAUUACUGUUGUUGGAUAAUUGGAUACAUGUGCACAACUUGUUGGCUUCUCUUGUUUUUGUACCACUGUUUGCCGGUGACAUUGCCCAGCUUUCAGGUGCUAGAAUCGCCUGGGACGAGGCUUAAGCACGAAGGCUUGACUGCGCUUCAUCCGGUAGUACUGGUGCCCGGCAUUGUUACCGGCGGGCUAGAGCUUUGGGAAGGCAGGCCUUGCUCUGAGGGUUUGUUUCGGAAGCGGCUUUGGGGUGGUAGCUUCGCUGAAAUCUUCAAGAGGCCUAUGUGUUGGUUGGAGCACCUAUCUUUGCACAACGAAACAGGCCUUGACCCGCCAGGCAUUCGGGUUCGUGCGGUUCCAGGGCUGGUUGCAGCUGACUAUUUUGCUCCUGGGUAUUUUGUUUGGGCUGUUCUGAUAGAGAAUUUGGCAAAAAUUGGCUAUGAGGGGAAGAAUUUGCAUAUGGCUGCUUAUGAUUGGAGGCUGUCGUUCCAAAAUACAGAGAUCCGGGACCAAGCUCUCAGUAGAUUGAAGAGUAAAAUUGAGCUUAUGUAUGUAACCAAUGGCUAUAAGAAAGUGGUAGUGGUGCCUCAUUCUAUGGGGGUUAUUUAUUUUCUCCACUUCCUAAAAUGGGUUGAAUCACCUCCUCCAAUGGGGGGUGGUGGUGGUCCAGGUUGGUGUGCCAAGCACAUUAAAGCAAUCAUGAAUAUUGGUCCAGCAUUUCUCGGUGUUCCGAAGGCAGUUAGUAAUAUAUUUUCUGCUGAGAGCAAAGAGGUUGCAUUUAUCAGAGCAAUGGCCCCUAGUGUUUUAGAUUCAGAAAUUCUUGGCCUUCAGACGUUAGAACAUCUCAUGCGGGUUUCUCGAACUUGGGACUCCACCAUUUCAUUGUUGCCCAAGGGUGGUGAAACCAUCUGGGGUAACUUGGAUUGGUCUCCUGAAGAUGGACAUGGUUGUGAUUUUGUGAAAAAAGGACAGCCCUCUAUGAGUGACAACAAUUUGAACAGUAGUAAUGGAAGGAGUUGUUUCCAAGUGAAAGAUCCUGUAAAGUAUGGAAGAAUGAUUUCUUUUGGAAAGGCAGCAUCACAAUUACCUUCUUCACAGCUACCUACUCAUGAUUCAAAGGAAUUUUUGCACACAAGUGCCUCCACUAAUUUCAACUCGUCAUGUGGAGAGGUGUGGACUGAAUAUGAUGAGAUGAGCAGGGAAAGCAUCCGAAAAAUUUCAGAAAACAAGGCUUACACAGCUAGAACUCUUUUUGAUCUACUCCGCUCUGUGGCUCCAAAAAUGAUGCGACGUGCCGAGAAUCACUUCUCUCAUGGGAUCUCAGAGAAUCUUGAUGAUCCUAAAUAUGCCCAUUACAAAUACUGGUCCAAUCCAUUGGAGACCAAGCUUCCUGAUGCUCCUGAUAUGGAGAUAUAUUGUUUAUAUGGUGUUGGAAUCCCCACUGAAAGAGCGUAUGUGUACAAGUUGGCGCCUUCUGACAAGUGCAAGAACAUUCCUUUCCGGAUUGAUAGCUCGGCAGAUGGAGACGCUGGCAGCGGCUUGAAAAGCGGAGUGUAUUUUGUGGACGGCGAUGAGAGCGUGCCAGUUCUUAGCGCCGGUUUCAUGUGUGCCAAAGGGUGGAGAGGAAGAACCCGGUUCAACCCAUCUGGCAUGGCAACAUACAUAAGGGAGUACCGGCACAAGCGUCCGGCGAGCCUGCUUGAGGGGAGGGGCACAGAGAGUGGUGCCCAUGUAGACAUCAUGGGAAACGUUGCUUUGAUUGAAGACAUUCUAAGGGUUGCUGCUGGUGCCACUGGUGCAGAGAUUGGAGGAGACAGGAUUUACUCGGAUAUCAUAAGAAUGUCUGAAAGAAUAAAUCUUCGGAUAUGAUUUUGUUGGAUACAUGAAUUGCCUUCAUGAUAAUUAUGAGUAGAGCUGUUAACAAGGCGCAGAGAGAAACAGAGAGAGUAAAAAGUCACUAACAUUAAUAGAAAUUAUAGUGUUGGAGGGGCUGAAAGUGAAAACUCCUUGACAUCUGCCAUUAACUGCCAUUCAAGAUCACCAAGCAACUGUUGGUUUGAGGGAGAAAUACAUGGGGAGGGUGGAAGAAUUUACUCAAGAAAUUUAGUUAGUUUCUCUUAUAAUCAUUCAUGUGAGUAAUGUGAUCUUGGCAUGGGUGCUGGGUUGUGGAGGUUGGUAUAAAUGGGCUACCCAUUCCUCUUCAAGUAGGCAAUAAGUAGCAAUUUUCGUAGUUCUUGUAAUCAAGUAAUAAAAAAGAACUCCAUCUGUUUCAGCGUAAAAUUAUUUUUGAAAAA